UUUUUUCUAAUUUCUUGUCGCUUGACAGUCAAAACGGCGGAGAGAAUUAUUUGAUUAGAAAUUGUAGAUGUCAAUUAAGGAUUCUGAUGUUAGUGUUAUUUAUGUACAGUAAUCCUAUAACUUGACCUGUUUCGAAUUCUUGUUUUCCACCAACAUUGGUUUUAUAAGAGGCCUGCCCUCAUCCAUAUCAAGGCUUCAGUCCCCUCACUUCUCCACCCCUCCCUCAUCUUGACCCUUUCAACUCUACCGAGUCAAGAUUCCUCAACUAUAUAUCUUUCCAUGAAAAGAUCAUUGGGAGCGACCCGCGGUUUUGUUCAUCAAUAUACUCAGCAUUCACUUUCUACUCCUCCCACAUUCUUACGUCGAAACGGUAACCGUGGGGAUUUCAUUGCGUCUUUUCGGAGGAUAGAAACAUUUGCGCCUCUUCGUCGCAACGAUUCUGAAGUCCACUCAGACAUUUUGAGACUCAAGGGACUGGAAAAUACGGAAAAGCGCACGAAUCUACUUCCUAACUCCGCUUUGGAACGGUCGAGCGCUAUAACAUAUACCUGUAAUCGAAGCCUAUCCUCAUUGUCACCCAAUCAAUCUAAAAAGGCCAAUACUUCUCGUGAAACAUCUUUACCAGCACCUGUGCAAAGCAGCUUAGGAAACUGGGGUACCGUUACUCUUUUACUUCUUACAUUUAUUAGCAGCGCAUUUCUCUAUACUUCAACCCAAGGUCAAUCAAAGACACACAAACCUAAAUUACAAGAAAUCGAUCUCGAGCAAGAAUAUUACGAAUAUUACAAAAUGACAGGCGAAACGCUUUCAGGUCGACCUGGCACAUUAACCGCACACGAAGAGGAGAAAUUACGAGAAUUUUGGGUUGCCACUCUACAAGUCUUUGGCGUACUUGAUCCUCACGCCGACACCAAUGGAACCAGUGGCGAUACAGAAGUGAGCAAUGGUGUCGCAAAAUCGGAUACCUCGGCUUCUGAGAAGCCCAAGAAGAAGAGAUUCUCUGCUCUGCGUAGGAAACAUAAGGAUGAUGAUUCAGCAUCUACGAAAUCUUCGAGCGCUACAUCGCGCAUCUCAAAUGCUUCUGAUGCGGAGGAUAAAUAUGGACAAACUAAGGAAUUCCACGAUGCCUUGGCUAGUCUGCCGCCGGCAUCUAUUCGUGCGGCAUUCUGGAGCAUGGUGAAAUAUGAUCAUCCAGAUGCACUUCUAUUGCGGUUCUUGCGAGCCAGAAAAUGGGAUGUGGAUAAGGCAUUGGUCAUGAUGAUUUCUACCAUGAGAUGGAGGGCUUCGGAUAUGCAUGUUGAUGAUGAUAUCAUGAAAAAUGGAGAAUUAGGUGCUCUUGAAGAUGAGAAGGGGACUGACGCCGAAAAGAAGAAACAAGCCGAGGGAUUCCUUAUGCAAAUGCGUUUGGGAAAAAGUUUUUUGCAUGGGAAAGAUAAGUAUGUAUUCUGACGUUCUAUAUCUACCGAUUCGUCUCUUGGUUAUCCCUCUGCCGCGGAAUUCUAUCACAUUUGCUAACAUGAAAUUCUUCCAGAGCCGGGAGACCAAUGUGCUUUGUGAGAGCUCGCUUACACAAGCAAGGCGAGCAGACAGAGGAGAGUUUAGAAAAAUAUACAGUUUUCAUUAUCGAAUCGGCUAGGAUGCUCUUGGAGCCGCCGAUAGACACUGCUGUAGGGAUACAUUCUUCAUGUUUUGUUCUAUUAAUAGCUGAAGUACUGAUCAUACAAUAGUGUGUAGUAUUUGAUUUGACAGGAUUUUCCCUGGCCAACAUGGUAAGUGAAAUUACUCGACUUAUGAACUAUGUUACUAAUCACAUCAUAGGACUAUGCACCCGUCAAAUUCAUGAUCAAAUGUUUUGAAGCCAACUACCCGGAAUGUCUCGGUGUAGUAUUAGUCCAUAGAGCACCAUGGGUAUUCCAAGGUACACAUCUUUCCUCCAACUCCAGACUCUAAUCACUAACACCAAGCAGGCAUCUGGAAAAUCAUCCGAGGCUGGCUCGAUCCUGUUGUAGCAAGCAAAGUACACUUCACAAACAACGUAGAAGAAAUGUCCGAGUUUGUUGCCCGUUCUCAAAUCCUCAAAGAACUAGGCGGCGACGAAGAGUGGGAAUACAAAUUCGUAGAACCCGUUCCCGGCGAAAACGACAAGAUGAAAGAUACAGCAACGAGAGACAAACUUCUCACCGAAAGAGAAGCAAUCGUAGAUAAAUAUGAAAAAGCUACAAUCGAAUGGAUCAAUUCCGAAGGAAGCAAACCGGAACUCAAGACCAAGAGAACCGAAUUGGCAAAGGAAUUAAGAGAUGAUUAUUGGAAAUUGGAUCCCUAUGUCAGAGCGAGGAGUUUGUAUGAUCGAGUAGGUGUUGUGAAUGCGGGGGGAAAGUUGGAUUUUUAUCCGAAGGUUAAGGGGUCGGAGACUCAAACUCAGACUCAAACCCCGGUUGCAACGUCAAAGGUGGAAACCUCGGCGGAUGAUAUUGAUUAGGAGAGAAGGGGAAAGGGAGGGAAAGGACAAGAGAAAGGGAAACGGAAUGGGAAUGGGAAUAGAAAUGGAAAGAGAGAAAGGGAAACGGAAUGGAAAUGGAAAUGGAAAGAGAGAAAAAGAAAGGAAAAGAGAUAUGAGAUAUACGAAUAGAAAGAAAAGAAGAUUUAUAAUACCUAGGGAAGAAUAGAAUGAAUUGAGAGAGUUAGAAAGUUAAUAUGUGAGAGAU